AUGGUUGAAUACUCCGAGAACUUAGUCGUCGUUGAUAAUAAUAUUUCAAAUGAAUAUUUGAAUAUAAGUGUGUUGGAAAAUAACUUAACCGUAAAUGAAAACGAACACAACUCGGAAAACGCAGCUGAGUUAUGGGGGUUUGCAGACUCUUUUGAAAAAAUGCCAAAUACUGCAAGUCCAGUUAAUUUAGUAGCAGUUAACCAUCGUAAAAAUCUGUAUAGACCUAAAGUAAGGAGUAGUGUUAGAAAUAAUCGUAUUCGGAAGGGUUUAACAGAAGAAUAUAAAUGGAAAGUAAAAAAUACUAAACCAACAUCUCUUGUAUUUUCGUCUACACCAAAUAUUUCAACUUCUUUAUCAGCACAAUCUAAUGAAUUAGAUUUUUUUAAAUUAUUUUUCCCUGAUCAUAUUUUUAAAAAUGAUUAA